ACGCCUCCUUCAAGUUUGCAGCUGGGCAGGACUCCAAAGGUGCAGCAGCAGCAGCAGCAACAAGCCGGAGUUCAAAGUUAGCAGUAAAUUGCACAACUUCCAGCUCAUCGCUACGCUCAGUGACUAUUAACAAGCUGGAAGGCGCUCAGGGAAAAAAAUAGGGGAGAAGGGAACACCCUCGAAUUGUUUGGGGAUCGCUGAUGUUAUGCUUCUGCCGCUGGGAUCAUGGCUCCCUUUGGAAGGAAUUUAUUAAAAACCCGGCAUAAAAACAGGUCUCCCAACAAGGACAUGGCUUCAAAUGAAAGAGAGAUUGUGGUUUGGGUUUGCCAGGAAGAGAAGAUUGUAUGUGGCCUGACAAAGCGCACAACUUGUGCAGAAGUGAUUCAAGCACUGCUUGAGGAGCAUCAGGCAACAUUUGGAGAGAAAAAGGUCCUUUUUGGGAAACCUAGUGAUUACUGCAUUGUAGAAAAAUGGAGAGGCUCGGAGCGAGUACUUCCUCCCUUGACAAAGAUUCUGAGACUUUGGAAGGCCUGGGGGGAAGAGCAGUCUAAUUUGCACUUUGUGUUGGUAAAAUCAGAUGCUUUCCUCUCGUUUCCAUUGUGGAAGACAGCUGAAGCUAAGGUAGUACAAAAUGUAGAAAAACAGUGGGAGCUCAGUCCAGCAAAUUACAUGAAGAUGUUGCCAAUAGACAAACAAAAGAAAAUUGUCAGGAAGACUUUCCGGAAACUGGCCAAGCUUAAACAGGACAGUGUUCAGCAAGAGAGAGAUAAUAUGGAGACACUGAUUCAUCUGAUCAUUUCUCAAGAUCAUACCAUUCAUCAACAAGUCCUUAGAAUGAAGGAACUAGAUAUGGAAAUUGAAAAAUGUGAAGCGAAAUUCCAUCUAGAUCGUGUGGCUAAUGAUGGAGAAAAUUAUGUGCAGGACUCCUAUUUAAUGAUCAAUCCAAGUGAGGCUGAACAGCAAGGGAGUAGGCCAGAUGAUCAAAAGGAGAUGCAUGAUUAUUUGAGCAAAAGUGAGGGAAUUUUACAGGUUGAAGAAAGACUGAAACAUCACAAACAAUUAAUAGAGAAGCUGUGUGCUGAAAUUGAAAGAGAGGUACAUGGUAUAUGCACAGAAAAAAGUGGAGACGAUGUUCGCACAGAAGGAGCUGCUGAUGCUGAACUGGAAAACUCAAAUUUGGAAAGUGUAAAAUAUGAGCUGGAAAAAAGUAUGAAAGAUGGUCUGAGAAUCAACUCAUACCUGAGCUGCAUUCAGAAAGAACUUACAUACAGGGACUCAUUGCUUCAAAAGAAGGAAAAAGAAUACGAACUUCUUACAGAGGAAUUUAAUUUACUACAUGUUAAAGACAACAUUGAAACUAGGCUUCCAUCAAAUGAAGAGCCAUCCAAGGGCAGUGGCAUCUCCAGUAACAGCAUUGCUGUUCCUGACUUUGUUCAUAGAGUGACUAAUCUGGACAUAAAUGAUACAGACUCUGACACUGGAAUCAGCUCUACACACAGUCAGGACUCUGAAAUAACUUCAGGGGACACGGUACUGUUGUCAACAUAGUUGAAAAUAGUCAUGCGUUUAUGAAAAGUCAUAUUUUGGAGGAUAUUUAUAAGAAUUAGUAAACCUUGUUGUCUUGAGAGUUCAGCCCUUUGAGAUAUUAAAACUGUGGCACCGCUUUAGCAAAGUAAACGCGUCUAUUUAUGUGCUUAAUGGUAUACUUGUGCUUAAAUGCAUGGUCAGUCUCAUGGGUUAACUGCUAAUAGGUGCAAGGUUGUUGGCUUUGCUAAAUCAGGACAGACUGUUUAGACCUUGUAAUACUGAUAGUGAAACAAGAAUUCUGACUGGCUUGGACCAAAAGUCUGGAGAUUUGAUAUCCCCUUGAUCUUUGGAUCCACACGUCUAACUUUUUAGAAACACGAAUUAGAGAUUAGACCAAACUAGACAGAGAGCUUGAUUUUCUGCUCUGUUACAUUAGCUUUAUUCAGCUGGAGUUUCCCCACCAUGAAGCUGCUGUAAAGGAAUACAUAAUUGAGCAUAUAAUCUGUUAAAAAAUAGGUUUUUAUGCUACUAUAGGACAAAAAAAUGCAAUUGCAUUUAUGCUGUACAUUUAAAUUUAGUUUUGAGUUAUCAGGAUGAUAUUUUCAAAAACGCCUACGUCUCAUUUUAAAAAUGAACCUUACACACACAUAAGUUUUUAAUUUCCAUUCUCUUUCAGCAGCAUUUAACUGCUCCUAAGAUCCUUAAAGCCACUACUUAUCUGCUGUUACCCUGUAGUUGCCCCAGUGAUGCUUAAGUCCACAUAGUUUCUGCCAGCGGGCAUGUCAGAACUGCCUACAUCCUGCUUGUGCGAGACACUCAAAUCCCAAGCUCACACCUCACCCCAGGGGCUUUUUCAGCAAGGCUUUCUCCUGCCUAUCUCACCGGCCGGAUCCAGUGUCUUAGGCCUCCUCAGAAUCAUGACUACCAAAUAAAGUGUAACAGAAAGGACAGGCAGGAGCCAGACAUUUUUGGCUUUGGCUAGACACCGUUUCCUAAUAGCCAAGUAGUUACCAUUUUCAAAUAGCAGGUAGGUUGUCAAAUCCUGUCUCAUGCUGUUUUGGAGCAGGGAUAUGGACCUGUAAAUCCUACUUUCUCGGUGAGGACUUUGGAAUACAGCUAACGCUGAUCCAUUUUGUAUAGCUAAUUAAAUAUCAGGCCCCAGGAAAAAAAAAGGACUGCAAAACAUGAGAAUUUUACAAGUGUGUGGUUAAGUCAAAUGACUUCGCUUAGGCUGUAGUAGUUGAUCUCAAAUCCUCCAGCGUGUUGCUGUAAAUCCAAAGUGAAGGUUUAGAACUGAGGUGUUCUCAGUUACCAAACAGGAUUUAUAACUCUGAGCUUAGAGACUCUACUAACAGGAAGAGCAUGAAUAAUUCCUGGGUUGCCAUGUUUGUAUUUUGCAGAGCAAUCUGUUAAAUGCUUUUGAUUAAAUGAAUUGUAUGGAGAAAUAGUUACAGUGUUUCUAAACAAAGUUUAGCUCCAGCAAAAUUCAAACACUUCCUGGAAUUAAAAGCCUACAAGGUAAAUGAACAGACAGUACUUAGAAGGUAUAAAUGUAAAAUACUUUCAGAUACAUUAUUGUGUCUUUCUGUAUUUUUCUUUUCUUAAAUGUCUGUCAACCAUCUGUUUUUUAAAAUGACCAAAGUGCUAGAACUGCUGAUUAGCACAUAUUAGAUGUAGAAAAAGAAAAAAAAGGCAAAAAAAAAAAGCACCUUUUCUAAAAAGGCAAUUUUUUGUGGUUUUUUUAAAAGUUUUUUUUUUAAUCCUGGAUAUUAUAAAUAGUUUCUAUUCCAGCAAAGUGUGCUAGUUGCCUUAAUAUAUUUUGUGUCAUGUUUUUGUCAUACAAUGUUAUUUGAAUACUUCAAUAAUAAUAUGUCAUAUUUAGACUCAUCAGCUCCUGAUGGAAACACAAGUAUGUAUCAAAUAUAUUAUCUUAUCUUUGUAAUAAUUUAUUAACGCAACUCAGCAUCUUUUGAGCUCUGUGGUAUCACUCUGACAAGUGGUAAGCACAGAGUUCUGAAUACUGAGAAUAGGAUAAUGUAUUCUCUGCGUUCUUGUGAAUUUAGCUAACAGUUAGUUCUAAUGAGUCAUUUUUUUUUUAUAUAAAUACUUAGGGGAUAAAGGAUUCAAACAGAAUAAUAGUCACAGCUGUGCAGGCUAGUACAGGAUCCAUGGGGGAACUAAUUUCCACUCGUAUUCUAUCAGAUUUAUUUAACUCAUAGGAACUUGUACUGGUUCUCAGAACUGAUCUUUAUCCACAUUACGUGCUUGAUUGUACAUCCCCUGCAAUGUGUAGAUUUUAAGAGUAUUACUGUGUUUUAAGAAGAACAUAGGAAAAAUAGGUUGGGAAAGAGUAUUUCUUAAAAAAUAAAAUAA